AAACUAUUAAAUUUAGAACUAGUUUGGUACACCAUCUAUAUAUUAACUAACUUCACGCGCACGUUUGACCAGUUGUCAAAGACACUAUUGCGAAGUUGUGUAGUCAUGCCGGACUCGUGGGUUUUGAAAUCCAAAGACAUAACUCAGGAGGAUUUAGUUCAAAUCGCCAGGCUUGCUGAGCAGGCUGAACGAUAUGAUGACAUGGCAGCAGCUAUGAAGCGAUAUACUGAAAUGAAGUGCGAACUGGGAAACGAAGAACGGAAUUUACUUUCGGUGGCUUAUAAAAAUGUCGUGGGUGCCAGAAGAUCUGCAUGGAGAGUGAUAUCUGGAAGUGAAGCGAAAGCAGCAAAUGAUCCACAGAAGAAGAAAAUCGCUGAAGACUGCCGCAUCAAGAUGGAAGAGGAAUUAAACGAAAUAUGUAACGAGGUUUUGCGCCUAAUUGAAGAUUAUUUACUUAAAUGCCAAAAUAACGGCGAAAGCCAAGUUUUCUAUAAGAAAAUGAAAGGUGACUACUAUCGGUACCUUGCUGAAGUUGCCACUGGUGAUCCUCGGAAUGAGGUAGUCAGCAAGUCAUUGGAGGCCUAUGAAGAAGCUACUAAAAUUGCCCGAGAAUUGUUGCCCACCACUCAUCCUAUCAGACUUGGUUUGGCCCUCAACUUCUCUGUGUUUUACUACGAAAUACAGAAUGAUGCUCAUCGUGCAUGUGCUCUAGCCAAAGAGGCUUUCGACUCAGCAAUAGCAGAACUAGAUCAGCUUCAAGACGAUUCCUACAAAGACAGCACACUUAUUAUGCAGCUCUUAAGAGAUAACUUGACGUUAUGGGCCAGUGACCAAACAGCUGAAGAGGAUGUUGGGAAUGACAGCUAAACUACAUUAUGUAAUAUUUAUCAUUGCUCUCAUAUCAUACAAUGUGUGUGUCGACUACCUGAUCGUUUUUCCGUGAUUUUAUAUCGGCUGGCGAGUUGUUAUACUUCAAUAUAAUUAGCUCCUGAUUUAUAAUAACGGUGGAUAUCGCUUAUAACUGAUAAUGAAACUCCAUAACAUGACGCCAAUGUACGUGGAUUUUAACCGUGAUACUUCCAUGAAUUGGCUUCUCUAAUACUCUGAUGUGAGCUGUG